CGUGUUAUUCAGGAGUGAGUUCUUUGCUACGGAAGGAAAGUUGCGGCUCUGAGUCUCUGACAGAAGAUUUGGGGGACAGCAGCAGAAUGGGGACAGACUGAAAACUCUACAAACUCGCGGCGAACAUAAAAUCUGCCCUUGCAGCUCUUUGGUCUGAAGUGCCAAUCAACGUGGAAACUCAAAAUGGUUGAAUUUAAGCAACAGAAGGUAGAAGAAUUCUACGACAUUGCAGAUGAACUGGGGAGUGGACAGUUUGCCAUAGUAAAAAGAUGCAGAGAGAGGAAAACAGAAGUAGAAUAUGCAGCCAAGUUCAUCAAGAAACGCCAGAGCCCUGCCAGCCGCAGAGGGGUGAUUCGGGAAGAGAUUGAACGAGAAGUAGACAUCCUGAAAGAUAUCAAGCACCCAAACAUUAUCACUUUGCAGGAUGUUUAUGAGAACAAGACUGAUGUGGUCCUCGUCCUGGAGCUUGUUUCUGGUGGAGAGCUCUUUGAUUUUCUGGCUCAGAAGGAAUCACUUAGUGAGGAAGAAGCUACCAGAUUCAUCAAACAGAUACUAGAAGGAGUUAAUUACCUACACGCCCGCAAAAUUGCACACUUUGACUUAAAGCCAGAAAACAUCAUGCUUUUAGAUAAAACAAUCGCUAUGCCACAUAUCAAACUGAUAGAUUUUGGUCUGGCACAUACAAUAGAGGAUGGGGUGGAAUUCAAGAAUAUUUUCGGGACUCCUGAGUUUGUAGCUCCUGAAAUAGUCAAUUAUGAGCCACUGGGCUUGGCUGCAGAUAUGUGGAGCAUUGGAGUAAUCACCUACAUACUGCUUAGUGGGGCAUCUCCAUUCCUGGGAGAAAACAAACAAGAGACACUGUCCAACAUUACUGCUGUCAACUAUGAGUUUGAUGAGGAAUUUUUCAGCCACACAAGUGAACUUGCUAAAGACUUCAUCAGGAAGCUUCUAGUAAAGGACACAAGGAAACGUCUUUCUAUUCAGGAAGCCCUGCGUCACCCUUGGAUCACGCCAAGAGAUAAGAGUCAGAUUAUGGUGAGAAAGAAGUCUUUGAUAAAUUUGGAGAACUUCAGGAAGCAGUACGCCCGGAGGCGAUGGAAGCUUUCGUAUAGUGUUGUGUCUUUCUGCAAUCAUCUGAGUCGUUCCCUAAAGAAAAAAAUCUACAGUACCCAAGAUGAUAUUACGAGAAAUUGUGAAAGUGAUGCAGAAGAGGAUCUAAUAAAAAGAAAAGUGAUCCAUCCCAGGAAAAGGAGCAGCACCUCCUGAGUAAUUAGGAGGAACAUCCUAGCUCAAGGUCAUGGCAUCUUUAUGAAGGUCACAAAAAGACUGAGGAUUCUAAUAUGCUCUGGAGCAUAUAUUUCAGACAACAUAUACUUAUAUACUCUAGAUCAGGGGUCCUUUUUUACCCAUGAGCCACGUUCAAUUGUAAAAAGAGUUGGAGAGCAACCCAAGCAUGAGGGUGCAAAAUAAAUCCUGGGAUUGGCUAUUUUCGCUCUUUCAUAGCUCCUGCUUGUACUGACAAUCUAAGGAAGCUCUGUUUGGCAGUACAUCUGAUUUCUAUGCAGUCAAAACUUGCCCACAAACCUGGAAUUCAAAAAUAAGCACCUGCUUUGAGGUCCCUAGGAGCAAUAGCCAAGGGGUUGGUGAGCAACAUGUUACUCAUAAGCCAUUAGUAGGGAAUAACUGUUCUAGAUGUUGCUGUCCCCCCACAUCUGUCAUCAGUUGAGCUCGUUGAGAAAUUAUGGCAGUUUUAAUUUUUGCAAGAUGUGUUUUCCAAAUUGGAAAACUGAAUUAUUUUCAUUGUUCAAUGGCAUUUUUUGAUGGGAGCUUCUGCAUUUUUAGUACUGGGUUGUCUUUUGUAAAAUCCACAUAUCUUGUUAUAUUUUUUGUUUAAUUGUGCCCAUAAACAGACACAUAUUUGUAUCCUUUGUAAUUUAUGUUAUAUGAUGUUGCCCAGUAAUGAUUUUUAUGUUGCUAUUUUAUACUGUCUCAUAUUAAAUAAAGAUUGUAACAAA